AUGAUGGUCACUGGUCAGGACACAGGGGAAAACUUCAGUGCAGCAGCUGCGCAGGAAAUCCCACAGCCUGACCUGAGUGUUGCUACCAUCAAGAAAUGGUCCGAAACACCUCAGGGGCUUACGUCACUAACGUUACAUUUCCGUGACCGCGGUGUCACAGCAGCCCUGCGGCAGAGCUCGCGUGCGUACAGUGUGGUCCCGCCCCCGCGCGACGGCGAGGAGAAAGAGAUGCUGGACCGAAUCCUGCGCGUGGACCAUGCGGGUGAAUAUGGCGCCAGCCGCAUCUACGCUGGCCAGAUGGCAGUGUUGGGUCGCUCCAGGACCGGACCGCUCAUCCAGGAAAUGUGGGAUCAAGAAAAGAAACAUCUUGCGAAAUUCAAUGAAAUUCUGGCUGAGAACAGAGUUCGGCCCACGGCACUGUUACCUCUCUGGAACAUCGCAGGGUUUGUAUUAGGGGCAUCCACUGCACUGCUGGGAAAAGAGGGGGCCAUGGCCUGCACUGUGGCGGUGGAGGAGAGUAUCUCGGAGCACUACAACAGUCAGAUAAGAGCUCUGAUGGAGAAGGACCCAGAGAGAUACACUGAACUCUUAAAAGUUAUAAAAGAAUUCAGAGACGAUGAGACGGACCAUCAUGAUACAGGAUUGGAGCAUGAUGCUGAAAAGCUACCUGGAUACUGGCUACUAAAAAAUGCAAUACAGCUAGGCUGCAAAGCUGCAAUAUAUGUCUCUCAGCGUGUCUAACUUUGUGCUAAAGAAAGUUACAUUUUUCAAAUGUUUGCUUUGAUAUAUUGACUCGGCUUUUGUAAAUGGAUUUAUUUGAAUAUUUGUUGUUGUACCUUUGCUGGAAAUAAAAGUGUUCAAACAUU